GCGGCUCCGGGGGCAGCGGUGGAAGCGGAGCGGGUUCGCGAUCGACAUCCAGGAGGUGGCCAAGAGGAGCCGAGCCCGGCGGCCAGGCACGCAGGACGGAGAGAGGAUGGUGUCACCCGUCACCGUGGUUAAAAACGAGGGACCCAAGUUAGUGCCUUUCUUUAAGGCCACAUGCGUAUAUUUUGUCCUCUGGCUGCCAACCUCGAGCCCAUCGUGGUUCAGUGCACUGAUUAAAUGUCUGCCAAUCUUCUGCCUAUGGGUAUUUUUGCUGGCACAUGGAAUCAACUUUCUGGGGACACGCUCCAAUGCAAGGAAGAUCUUGGCAGGCCUGAUUUUUUCUGCUCUGGGAGAUGCUUUUCUUAUAUGGCAAGAACAAGGAUAUUUUGUUCAUGGCCUGCUCAUGUUUGCAAUUACGCACAUUCUCUACACCUCAGCAUUUGGAAUGAAGCCCCUGAAUCCUGAACCUGGCUGUGGGGUGGUGGUUAUUUGUGGAAUAUCUUACUGCUUGCUCUACCCAUAUCUUUCUGGUCCCUUCACCUACCUGGUGGCAGUUUACAUCGCUCUGAUUGGAUUCAUGGGCUGGCGAGCCAUUGCAGGGGUGCAGCUUUUCAACGACCUCUGGACAUGGACCAAACUCUGUGCCUGCCUUGGAGCCGUACUCUUCAUGGUAUCUGACCUCACCAUCGCCGUCAAUAAGUUUUGCUUUCCUGUGCCUUACUCCCGGGCCAUCAUCAUGGCCACUUACUAUGCUGCCCAGAUGCUCAUUUCCCUGUCAGUUGUGGAAUGCAAGGACGAUAAUGAUAGGAAUAUCAGGAAGAUGAACUGAGGACAAACCUGCUCUGUCAAUAAUGUAACAAAGUAUUCCUGAGUUCCAUGGGCACAGAAACCUGGAAAUUAUGGUGUGAUCUGGUUUAGAACCACAUGAUUUAUUUUCAUUGGUUUGCUUCUAUGUUAGUUUGUUGUUACCUCCAAGAAGUAGUCUGCAGUAAGAAAGGUGUAUGUGCUGUAGUUAAAACCAGGGCAGACAACACUCCAACUGAACUUUGGCUAAAUGUUCUCACCAUACUGCACUCUUUGUUUUGUUGUGAACUUCUUUCCCAUGAGUAAGAAGAUAUAAAUGGUCCAAAUUCAUUUCAGUGAU